CUCUAAGUCACAAAUCACGGAGAGGGUGGUCUCUAAGGUGAUAAGAGAAAAAAACAUUUAGAUUGUGAGAAAAUUAAGGAAUAAUAAUGGCCCUUCGAGCUCUAUUUUCACCAUUUCUUGUCUCUCCAAUUCUCCUAGCCUCUCUUCAAUCACCCAAAACCCCUACCACCGUUUGUCCUUCUAAAUCCAUUCGAUGUGCGAGCAAUACCAUAACGAUUGAUGAUCAUACAGUUACUCGACGAUCAGCAAAUUAUCCACCAAGUUUUUGGGACUACAAUUUUGUGCAGUCACUUAGCAGCGAUUACACCGAGGAGAAAUAUAUGAGGGAGGCUUAUAAUAUGAAGGAUGAAGUGAAAGGUCUCAUAAAUGGAGUGAUGGACCCAUUGGCAAAGCUGGAGUUGAUCGAUGCCGUUCAAAGGCUAGGAUUAAAGUAUCAUUUUGAGGGUGAGAUUAAGCAAUCGCUUGAUGAUUUGAUACACUUACACAACGACGCAUGGUGUUCUGAUGAUCUGCAUGCAACAGCCCUCCGAUUUAGGCUUCUUAGACAGCACGGAUGUGAUGUACCCAAAGGUACCUGUGCUCGUUUCACACCUCAAUUAUUUAUUUGGGUUUGAAUUCUUUUAAACUAA